CGGGUAAAAGUCAAAAUUGACCGGAAUGGCUUUGCUGCCGAUGUUGUUGCUAGUGGUGAUGAUGAUGAUGGUGCUGCUGAUGAUGAUGAUAAUGAUGAUGAUGGCGAUGACGGCGAUGAUGAAGAUGAUGAUGAUGGUGCCAGUAAUGGAGGCGACACUAACAAGUUGAAACUAUUGAAAAAAACUUAUACAUUUCAAAGAUAA